CUCUCAAUUUUAUGCCAUGUUCUUCCAUAUUCUUCUUCUCUUUCUCCUCUCUUUAUCAGGGUUUGGGGGUGGUUUAAGAGAAGUUACGUCGUUGGGGAUAAACUACGGACAGAUUGGGAAUAAUUUACCAUCGCCUGAUAAGGUUUUGGAUAUGUUGACGGCAUUGAGGAUUACAAAAGUGAGAAUCUAUGACACCAAUCCGGAGAUAUUGUCGGCGUUUGCUAACUCUAAAGUUGAGAUUAUUGUGACGGUUGAAAAUGAAAUGUUGGCCCAACUUAUGGACCCUCAACAAGCCCUCCAAUGGGUUACUGCUCGUAUCAAGCCCUUUGUUCCUGCAACUAAAAUCACUGGAAUUGCAGUUGGUAAUGAGGUAUUCACAGACGACGACUUGACAUUAAUGGAAACACUAGUCCCAGCCAUGUUAAGCAUCCACACAGCCUUAACCCAACUAGGCUUAGACACCACCAUAAAAAUCUCAACCCCAAGUUCCUUAGCCGUUUUACAAGAAUCCUACCCACCCUCCGCCGGAAGUUUCAAGCCAGAAAUAACCCAAAUCAUGUCACAAUUCCUUCAAUUCCUCUCAACAACAAAGUCCCCAUUUUGGAUAAACGCAUACCCAUAUUUUGCAUACAAAGACAACCCAGAUUCCAUCCCACUACAAUACGUUUUACUGAACCCAAACCCGGGAAUGAUCGACCCAUUCACCAAUCUUCGUUACGACAACAUGCUUUAUGCUCAAGCCGAUGCUGUUCUUUUCGCAAUGGCGAAAAUGGGUUUCGGUGGAAUUGAAGUAAGAAUAUCCGAAACUGGUUGGCCAUCGAAAGGGGAUUCUGAUGAAACAGGGGCUUGUCUAGAGAAUGCGGCUGAGUAUAAUAGGAAUUUGUUGAGGAGACAAAUGAGGAAUGAAGGAACUCCUUUGAGACCUAAUUUGAGACUUGAGAUUUAUCUGUUUGCAUUGUUUAAUGAAGAUAUGAAACCUGGGCCUACUUCUGAAAGGAAUUAUGGGCUCUUUCAACCUGAUGGAACUAUGGUUUAUAAUGUUGGACUUUCUUCUUUUAAGGGAUUUUCUUCCUCUUCCUCUUCCUCUCCUUCUUCUUCUUCUUCCUUCUCACCUUCUUCUAUUUCUCUUACCUCUUCUGCUUCCACAAAUUCAAAGGGUGCAACCAUGGGAUAUUAUCAAAGCUUGGUGUACUGGAUGUUUGUAUAUUUGCUCACCUAUCAACUUUUUAUGAGAAGACCAUUGUAUAUUUAAUUUUAGGUUAAUUAUUAUAAAUACUAUUUUCCUUUCAUCUCUACACUUAUUAAUAUACUUCUUUUAUUUUUUAAA